CUUACACCGCAUAUCGUUUGUACGUACAGCUCUUUCGUCGCGUAUCGAUAAACGGUUAAACGACAUUCGCGCUUGCAGAAGAUAUAUUCGCGAUUUAUUAUCCGCGACGUCGCCGCCAAAUAUUAUUAAUAAUCCCGAUCGAUCACGCGCGAGAGGGUGAUUUCACGGUUUUUCUCGUUUUUCCCUCCCUCGUCAGAGUGAAGGAUAACCCGCUUGAAGAUGAGGCGAUUCCGCGCGAUUAAUCUGAUCGCGUCUUGCGCGCUCGUUCUGCUUGCCAAUUACGGUGACGCGAGCUCAUCGGUGGUCCAGGAUGCCCUGAAGAAGUACCUGCCGGUUGUUUUGCGCAACCCGUUGAAGGAACUCAAAACCAUCCCGCACGGAAUCGUUCCUGGCACACUAUGGUGCGGGCCGGGACAUAUCGCUGGUAAUUAUUCCGAUUUGGGCCGGAAUCGGGAGUUGGACGUAUGUUGCAGGGAGCACGACUUCUGCAACGACUACAUAAGACCUCGAAGUACCAAGUACGGGUUGUACAACAGCGCCCGAUUCUGCCGAAGUUCGUUGUGCGAGUGCGACCGGCGGUUUUACGAUUGUCUGAAAAAAGCGCCCGGCUUCUUCGCGUUCACCGUUGGGAAGAUCUACUUCAAGCAGUGCAGGAAAUGCUUCGACACGUACUACGACAUCGGGACGUGCAUGCAGAGGGGUCUCGUCGUGAGCGAAGAACAGGGCCGCGAUGGCCGGCGCGUUUUUUGCGCGCAGUUCGACCGAAAUCCAAAGUGGAAGCAGCAGGGCACCGGCGCUUCGUCGGAAUCGACUCGCACCCCCGCAUUUCCAAGCCGGAUAAAUGCCGAGCCCGCACGAACUAUGCCGCAGUUUAAUCCCGUGGACAACGAUCGGCCGAAGGACUAUGAAAACUAUGACGAUGAAGAUGAAAGUGCCGAGAACACCGAUCUGAACAUGUUGAACAUAUUCUGAAGCGGAACAGCAAAGAUCUCGGUACGACUGCGGCUCCCUCGACAUUAUCACCGGCAUCCGUGAAAGAAACGAAUCUUUUGUCAAGAAUUUGACGGAAGAUUUCACUCGCUGAAUUAGCCCAAUAAACGCCAUACUCAGACGUUGCUCAUGA